GGAUUUGCAAAGUAGAUUGCCAUUUAAGUAGACUUAAAUUAGUAGAGUGAAUAUCAUUACUUUCUGUUUCCUUCCGGUCUGUUUGGCCGAUUGGCUGUGAGCAAAUUGGCCGCCCUUUUCUUUUUACCUGCCUAAAUAACACAACCAGACAGAAGAGCAAAGAUCAACUAAUAGAGUGAGGAAAUAUGGAAAGUCCAUCUUGUUCCCGACUUUCCAUCAUCAUCAUCAUCUUCACGCUCUCACUUUUGGCAACUUCUUCAUGGUACAUCACAACCAAGCCAGGAACACUAUCAUGCUCAGAAUCCAAUUUUUUGUGCAGUUCCAUUCCCAGAAAAGCAAAGCUGAGCUCCCUAAUCAUCGAAACUCCAAUUCCCAAACCCAAAAAUUUAGCCAUUUCCAAUCCUUUACACCCGCUAGACCCCCUAGCUGUGCAAGAAAUCAACCGGGUCAGGUCCAUUCUCUCUUCUUAUGGACCCUUUUCAUCCACCUUUCCGUCAAUCCAUUCUUUAUCCCUGGAUGAACCAGAGAAAUCACAAGUCUUGAGGUGGAAAAACGGCGACCCGUUUCCAACAAGAAAAGCAUUAGUAAUUGGGAUGCUAAACGGAGAAGUUCAUGUGGUUUUAGUGGAUUUAGAAUUGGGUCAAGUCACAGAUCAUGAAGUGAAACAACCUGGGUUAGAGGGAUAUCCAAUGAUCACCAUGGAGGACGUUUCUCUUGCUCUGCAAAUCCUAUUGACGUCAAGUGAAGAGUUCAACAAAUCGAUUUCAGCCAGAGGAUUAGACCUUCAAAAUGUCAAUUGCCUUACACCAUCUCCUGGAUGGUUCGGUUCAGAUGAAGAAGGCCAUCGUGUUAUAAAGAUUGAAUGUUUUUAUACUGAAGGCACUCCCAAUUUCUACAUGAGGCCAAUCGAAGGACUCGUCAUCACAAUCGACAUUGAAAACCUUAAAGUCUCGAAAUUCACCGACACCGGAAGAGGAAUCCCUGUUCCUAAAGCUGAAAACACCGAUUACCGAUUCGGGUCGCAAAACCCGCCUCCCAAAAUGCAGCCAAUCAAUCCAAUCUCCAUAGAACAGCCAAAGGGUCCAAGCUUUAGGAUAGAAGACGAACAUUUCGUGACGUGGGCAAACUGGAAAUUCCAUCUAAAACCAGAUCAGAGAGCUGGGAUGGUGAUUUCUCAAGCAAUGGUUCAAGAUUCGGAAACAGGGGAGUUCAGGAGCGUGAUGUAUAAAGGAUUUGCGUCGGAAUUGUUCGUGCCGUAUAUGGAUUUCAGUGAAGGCUGGUACUUCAAGUCGUACAUGGAUGCAGGGGAAUAUGGACUCGGGGCCAUGGCGUUGACUCUGGUGCCGCUCAACGAUUGUCCGAGGAAUUCAUACUUCAUGGAUGGAGUCUUCGUUUCUGCUGAUGGAAAGCCGUUGAUUCGGCCGGACAUGAUUUGUGUCUUCGAGAGUUAUGCUGGAGACGUUGCCUGGCGUCAUUCUGAAUUUCCGGUCAACACUUUUGAGAUCAGAGAAUCAAGGCCGAAGAUUAACCUAGUAGCUCGAAUGGCAGCAUCAGUUGGAAACUACGAUUACAUAAUAGACUGGGAAUUUCAAAUGGAUGGUCUAAUCCGAGUUAAGGUGAGCUUAUCAGGAAUGCUAAUGGUAGAAGGAACUCAAUACGAAAACAUCAAUCAGGUUUCGCCCGACGCUCAGAUUUCUCACCCGUUAGUAUCAGAAAACGUCAUCGGCGUAAUCCACGACCAUUUCAUCACGUUUCACUUGGACAUGGACGUUGAUGGAUCCAACAAUUCAUUUGUUAACGUCAAUCUCGUCAAGGAAAGGAGUUUUCCGGGACAAUCUCCUCGAAAGAGCAUCCUGAAAGCCAAAAGAAAUGUGGCAAAAACAGAGGAAGAUGCAAGGCUGAAACUCAAGCUCUACGAUCCCUCAGAGUUUCACUUCAUUAACCCUUCAAAGCGCUCCAGAUUGGGUAACCCAAGUGGAUAUAAAGUCGUCCCGGGAGCAAAUGCUGCGAGUCUGCUUGAUCUUGAUGAUCCUCCACAACUUAGAGCUGCUUUCACUAAUAAUCAGAUAUGGGUGACACCAUAUAAUAGAUCUGAACAAUGGGCUGGUGGACUAUUAGUGUAUCAGAGCAAUGGGGAAGACACUCUUGCUGUUUGGUCUAACAGGUAAGAUUUUCACUCACAAAAAUGUUGGCAAAUGGAGUGUCCUGUUUUUCAUUUUUCCUUCUCAAUUGGCCAAAAGAAUUACGAGAGUCUAAUUUAUUAAAUUAAUUAUGGUAAUACAACAACAGAACAAAAUUCUUAUUUUGAGACGGAGAAAGUAUCGUUCUUAGUUGUUAAUUCUGAUUGAACUUGACUUAGGAAUCGCCCCAUUGAGAACAAGGACAUUGUGUUGUGGUACACACUGGGAUUCCAUCAUAUACCAUGCCAGGAGGAUUUUCCUGUGAUGCCAACAGUUGUUUCGAGCUUUGAUCUGAAACCUGUGAAUUUCUUUGAGAGGAACCCAAUCCUGGGGUUCAGGCCUAAUUUAGAACAAGAUUUACCUCUCUGUUGGGCCUCCAACACCAACUAAUUAUUAAACCAUCUCUCUCUCUUUUUUUUUUUUUUAUUACACAUCUCCGCUUGGACUGUAAUCCAUUCCAAUUAAUACUCCGACUGACUUACAGGGAAAUGGAUUCAUUUUAGAAUAAGUUGAUAAAAUCAAAACGUACUCCGGAUUUGCAUUUAUGAUAGAUAUUAUUAUUAGAGUAUCUUGGACCACCAUGUCAGCAAAGCAUCUGCACAACCAUUUUGGAAUCUAACAGAUGGGGGAAUCUUCCCACGUAAUCAUGGUACCAAACAAAAACAGGGUACAUACAUUUCCACGCACCUGAGCCCACGGCAACCCACUAGCCUUAAAAAGUGCGGAUAUGAUUCAAGUGUAUAGUACUGAAAGUGAGCAAAGUAUUCAAGGUGGUAAGUUUGUUUCGUUUUUUUAGUGUGUAUUUUUGGGUGUUUUUUGUAUUGAAAAUAUAAAAAAAAUGUAUUGAAAAUGUAAAAAAAUAUGUUGGGAUGAAACAAUUAUUAUUUAAAUAUUUUAAAAAUACCAUAAAAAACCUAAUAAACAAAGCCUUAGUUUGGACCUGAAAGUGAAGUGAAAGAGACUUUUGGAUGGGCUACCUGCGAUUUAAAAAAAAAUAAUUUAUUUUUAGUGACCUGCAUCACAAAUAAUCGUUUCUGAAAAAAAAAGAAAAGAAGAGAUAUUUGUUUUUCUUGGAGUUGCGUCUGAUAAAAUGAAUCCUCAUUAAAUCCAUAAGAAUCCAAAUGUAAGGGUGAAAAAAUUAGUGGGAAUAUUAAUUGGAGCUCCACCUCAUAACUCAACUUUCUUUAUUCUAAUUUUUCUUCUUUCUUUCUUUCUUUUUUUUUUCUUUUAAAAGGAGAAUGAAGAAAUUUCAAUUGGAGUUUUAUGAAUAAAGAAAAUCAUAAAUGGACUGUACAUAACAUUUAGGUCAUCAUCCAAUGGUAGAAAAUCCAAAUAUAGUUUAGUGAAUCUCACUGUCACGCUGCCAUAUACUAUUGCGGAUCUCAUUGUCCAACCUCCUCCAAAGUAGCACGAAAAAUAAGUGAUUAAAACAAAAUGAUGAUAUGCACGAAAAAUGAUAACGGCUAUCAUUGAUCAAGUUCAAGUUGAUUCAAAUUUGUUUGGAUCGUUUUUUCGUGUGUGUUUUUAGUUGUUUUUUUAUUGAGAAUAUAAAAAGGUACAUUAAAAAUGUAAGAAGAUAUAUUGGGAUGGGAGGAUUAUUAUUUAAUUAUUUAAAAAAACCAUAAAAAAAACCUUCCAAACAUAGAUCUCCACAAUCGUGCGAUUCCAACAGAGUCUGACAAGAAAAUGUUAGAAGACUUUCAAAAGACUAUGCAAACGAGCAUCUUUUAAGAUUUUUUUUUUUUAAUUAAAAAAAAACUUGGCUUUCUCAAUGGAAGAACUACUAAGUUGCC